UAUCCUCAACCAACACACAACCCGAGUAAUUCAUCACUGAUUUACCAGCGAACGAGCGAGCGACAGACGGGAUGCCAAAAACUGAAUCGAGUAUCGUCAUUGGGACUUGUGGAGGGGUUAGGAUCUGAAUAACAGCGAGAUAGCAGGAUCAAAACAGAGUAAGGGGAGGCCACGAACAGCCCGAAAAGCUCCGUGCUUUCUCUCCAUCAACUUCCCGGAGGGCUGCGCAUGCAGCCUGUGUGUGAGUUAGUGAAACUAGCUAGUCUAGUAUUGUUCUGACUUCACUACAGUGCCCACUCCGAGAGAGAGGACGCACAACAAAAGGGAAAGAAAGGAAGCAAGGACGGACUAAUUAUAACGAACACGGUUGUAGUUGAACGUAAUGGUCCUGCGAUACCAAUCUUAGAUCCCAAGAUUGAUCAGUUUUAGUUCUGUUUGGUUUGCGUCUUGGUCGCCGAGAGUGGACUCGUCGGGUGGUGUUGCGCUGAGCUGAAACGGGGCUGUCCACAUGGUCCAACCACUGGUGUGAAAGUUGACUUCUUCAGAAUUCAAGAACAGGUGCCACGUGAUGAUGGUGGAAUCGGCCUCUGAGACCACUCGAACUACGCCCUCCAAUCAGAACGGAGUCAGCAGCCUCAGCAGCCAUUCGGACGGCGGGGGAGGGAGAGAAGGCGGGUCCAACGGGGACACCAAUGGGGAGAUCAGCCCAGUGGACCUACUGCACCUCCAGCAGCAGCAGGCCCUGCAGGCAGCCAGACAGUUCCUCCUCCAACAGGCCUCUGGACUCAACUCCCCCAGCAGCAACGAGGUGAAACAGAGCCCGGUGCAGGUGCCAGUGUCCAUGACUAUGUUGGCCCCCCAGAUGAUCAGUCCUCAACAGAUGCAGCAGAUCCUGUCCCCUGCUCAGCUACAGGCCCUGCUGCAACAACAACAGGCCAUCAUGCUACAGCAGCUACAGGAGUACUAUAAGAAGCAGCAGGAGCAGCUGCAUCUUCAGCUUCUGACUCAGCAGCAGCAGCAGGCUGGGAAGCAGGCGGCCAAAGAGAGUCUCCACUCACCUGGUGUCCCAGGUCUGAGAGGAAGAAAGAGAAGCAGCACUGCUGAGGACCUCGAGGCCCGGAGGUGCUCACCCUACUGGUUAGAAUGGGUAUGGCAGCAGCAGAUAGGUAACAAGCAGUUGGCCUUCCAGCAGCAGCUCAUUCAGAUGCAGCAACUUCAACAGCAGCACAUCCUCAACCUGCAGAGACAAGGCCUGGUCUCCCUACAGCCCAGUAACCCCAUGCAGAGCCUGCAGCAAGCCAUGUGUCCUGGGGACCUGCAGCAGCUGUGGAAGGAGGUGUCGGGGGUGCAGUCUGCAGAGGAGGCCCUGAAGCAGCAGCAGACUGGAGAGGGUCUGGACCUCAGCACCAACUCUACCUCAACCUCCUUCCCCAAAGCAAACACACGCAGCAGCCUGCACAAUGGACAGGACAACCACACCCCAAAGAGAGACAGAUACAGAGACAGGUACACAGACAGAGCAAGACUCUUUGAAUGGAUCUCCUCCUUCAGCAAGGCAGACCUCGGAGAUGAACACCUCAUGCCUUACACCAAAGGCGGCCCACUAUCCAGCAGCCACCACGAGGAGCAUGCAGGUUCCCAUCCUCUCUAUGGCCAUGGAGAGUGUAAAUGGCCUGGCUGUGAGGCUCUGUGUGAUGACAUGGGACAGUUCAUCAAGCAUCUGAACAACGAGCAUGCUCUGGAUGACCGCAGCACGGCCCAAUGCAGGGUGCAGAUGCAGGUGGUCCAACAGCUGGAGAUACAGCUGUCCAAGGAGAGUGAACGACUGCAGGCGAUGAUGACCCACCUGCACAUGCGCCCUUCGGAGCCAAAGCCUUUCAAUCAACCUCUGAACCUGGCGUCCAGUGGCUCCCUGCUGAAGAGGGAGAGCGAUGCGUACCCCGAGGGUCUACCUCACCCCCCCACCUCUGCCGCCGCCCCUAUUACCCCGGUCCGCCAGGGCCCCUCUGUCAUCAGCUCCUCCAGCCUGCACUCACACUCACACUCACACUCACACUCACACUCACACUCACACCCGCACGGCGUGGGACCCAUACGCAGGCGCAUCGCUGACAAGUUCUGCACCCCCAUCGCCUCAGGUAUACGAGAGGAGCUGGCGCAGAACUGUGAGUUCUAUAAGAACGCUGACGUCAGACCUCCCUUCACCUACGCCUCUCUCAUACGCCAUGCCAUUCUGGAGGCUCCAGACAUGCAGCUGACUCUUAAUGAGAUCUAUAACUGGUUUACACGAAUGUUCGCCUACUUCAGGAGAAACACAGCCACAUGGAAGAAUGCUGUGCGCCACAACCUGAGUCUGCAUAAGUGUUUUGUGAGGGUGGAGAACGUGAAGGGGGCCGUGUGGACGGUGGACGAAGUGGAAUACCAAAAGAGAAGACCACCAAAGAUGACUGGGAGUCCUACUCUGGUGAAGAAUAUGAUUUCAGGCCUGGGCUUCGGUUCCCUAAACGCCAGCUACCAGGCGGCCCUUGCAGAGAGCAGUCUGACUCUGUUGAACAGCCAGGGCCUGGUUAACCCCUCCUCUGCCGCCAGCCUCAGCAUGCUACACGGGAUGGGUCACAAUGACGUCAGCUCCACUGUGGAACAGGUCAACAGCAACGGUAGCUGCAGCCCUACACUCAGCCCACAGCAGUAUGGACACCAGGUCCAUGUGAAGGAGGAGCCCACUGAGGUUGAGGAGGACAGACGCUCCGUGUCGCUCAUGGCAACUAUCACUCAUGGCAACAUGGCAUUGCCUAGCGAUCGGGAUGACCGAGAUUUGGAGGACGAGCUUCCAACCGACGAGCUGGAGUAGGAUUGGAAGAGCUGAACCAGUGGGCGGGACUUUGAGGUUUAAUCCCGCCCCCUCCAUUGGAGGGAAGAGAAAUUAUGACACAUAAAAAAGAAGAUAUAGAGUUUUUAAAAAGUAUGAUUUCUUUUAAAGCAAGAAACCAACAACAAUGAGAAACUUCAAACAGGGUUAGACCUCCGUUAUGUAUCGAUGCAAAAAUAACACUCUGGAGCAUUGCUUUAUCCCCACACGUUUUCACCCACCUCACCACCCCCCCUCCUCCCCCACCCUAUGAGCAGGGUAUUGCCAGAGAGACAGCUCUCAGUGGUGAUAUGGAGGUUCCCCCUUCUCCUCUGUCCUCCUCUCCCUGCUGAUUGUGACAGAUGUUCUGCCCUACAGUCCUUUAGUGCUGGUAGUUUGAUGUUCACACCACUUAAAUAUACAUACAGGUGUGUGUGAGGGAGAGUGUAGACACACACACACCAGAUCAUGUAUAUAUAUUUUGGAACAGUCACCAGGAUGUGUAUACUUCUCCUACGAUCCUGUCAGUCGCUUUUUAUUUUCUUCUGUUAACUGAGAGAGAAGGAAAGACAGUUGUCAUUUUCUCAAAGAUUAACCCACAUCUGCUCACACAUCAGAAACCAAGCGUACAAGCCAGUCAGUGAUCCAUAGGUGAGACUGAGACUGGAUGGCAUGACUCUGCCCUAAGCCCACUCUCUACCCAUUCUCUGCCCAAGCCAGACAAGACUCUCUCUCCUCCUUAAGCCAAACACAGAAAGAAGAAAUCCCCCAUCCCCACAAAACAGAUUUCAGGAAGAGGACCCUUUGUCGCAUUACUCCUUCUUCAUGCGUGAUAGAGUGAUGGGCCCAGGCCACCGAGAGAGAGAGAGAAAGAGAGGUA